AUGGAUGAAAAGAAGGACCUUCUUGCUUCUGUUGCUUGCUUGCUAUCUUCUUGUUCAUUUCAAGUUACGUGUGCUGAUAAUUCCGGGCUGGCUUUAAGAUUGCUAUCGGAGAAGGCGAACGAAUUCGACCUCCUGCUUAUCGAUAGAGACAUAACCGAUGUGGACGUUUAUACGUUUAUUAGAUUGGCGAAGCGUAUCGACUUGCUAUCUAUGGUGAUGUCUGAGGAAGACGAUGACACCAUCAUACUUGAAGCUCUCAAGAAUGGAGCUUUGCUGGUUCUCAAAAGGCCACUUACUAAAGAUGCUGCAAUGGGUAUACGUCAGUAUGCGAUCAAAGAGAGAAUCCGUAAGCACGACGAGUGUCAAAACAAGAACACGACUCGUAACGCUGCCCGAAUAGAAGAACGUAUACAGGAUAAUCAUCGAUGUUUGGGGCGUAAACGGACGUAUAGAGGCAAGCCAACGAAACAUCUAGUCUACCAAUCGUCCGAAGAUUAUGACGAUAGGGUGAAGACGAAGAUACGCGUCGAGUGGACCCGAGAACUUCAUGACAAAUUCCUUCAUGCUGCCAUUCAGCUCGGCGAAGGAAGAUGUUAUCCGAAGGAGAUACUUGACCUUAUGGAUGUUCCUGGUCUUACAAGAACGCAGGUUGCCAGUCAUCUUCAGAAAUGUCGUGAUGGAAGAUGUAAAUAUACUGAGAAGGGAAGAAUGGCGAAUUCAUCGUGUAAUAUCUCUCCACAAGGUGUCAAUGGAAGAAAGUUCGAUUGUAAGCCAUCGUUACAAAGUGAUCAAAACGAAGGAGAGGAUAGAAUUAACCUUGAUGACCUUAGCUUGUCACUCAAUGGAUGUCGGACGGAAGUGAAUCACAUGAAUGAUCAAAGUUCGAGAGGCUUGCCAACGGCGAAUGGAUCUAGUCGGCAAAAUCACGGUGGACAAGCGGUGGACACGGGUUCGGUUCAUGUCUCUUCCUCAAACUGA